AAAAAAAAAAGUUGGUUGAAAUCUCGGGGAAGUUUUGCUUGGUAGUCAUUUUUUUUACAGAAUUAGUUACAUUAAUACUUUUUGAAGUUGUUUUUUUCAAAGCCGGGAGAGGGUCAGAGGCAAGCGGGUACCGUAUAAGUUUGUUUAUCGUGCAUUUGUGAAUUUUUUGAGCAUGUCGACGAACACCUUGUACAAUGACCAAGGAGGAGCGGAGGCUGCCGUGGAAGUGGGACAGGAGAGCACACCGACCUCCUCCGGCACCGCGGCUGGCUUCGGACUCUUCAGCACCGACUUUAAAAAGAAUGAAGACCUCAAAGAGAUGCUGGAGAGCAGCAAGGAAUCACUCAAACUGGAGGCCAUGAAGAGGAUUGUUGGGCUGAUUGCCAAGGGGAAAAAUGCAUCUGAGUUGUUUCCUGCUGUUGUGAAGAAUGUUGCGAGCAAGAACAUCGAGCUUAAGAAGCUUGUAUACGUGUACCUGGUGAGGUAUGCGGAGGAGCAGCAGGACCUGGCAUUACUGUCCAUUAGCACCUUCCAGAGGGCACUCAAGGACCCAAACCAGCUUAUCCGAGCCAGUGCACUGAGGGUUUUGUCCAGUAUCCGUGUCCCCAUAAUUGUCCCCAUAAUGAUGUUGGCCAUCAAAGAGGCUGCAACUGACCUGUCCCCCUAUGUCAGGAAGACUUCUGCUCAUGCUAUCCAGAAGCUCUACAGCCUGGAUCCGGAGCAGAAGGAACAGCUGAUUGAGGUGAUUGAGAAACUGCUGAAAGACAAAAGCACUCUGGUGGCGGGCAGCGUGGUGAUGGCCUUUGAGGAAGUGUGUCCAGAUCGUAUAGAUCUGAUCCAUAAGAACUACCGAAAGCUGUGCAACCUGCUGGUGGAUGUGGAGGAGUGGGGCCAGGUGGUCAUCAUCUCCAUGUUGACCCGCUACGCCCGGACACAGUUCACCAGCCCCUGGAAGGAGGGAGCCACUUUUGACGAGAACAACGAAAAGGCGUUCUAUGACUCCGAAGAAGAGAAGAAAGACCAGGUGGAGGCCAAGCCCUACGUUAUGGACCCCGACCACAGACUGCUGCUCAGGAACACCAAGCCUCUACUUCAGAGCAGAAACACGGCUGUGGUGAUGUCUGUAGCUCAGCUCUACUGGCAUCUGGCCCCUAAACAUGAAGUCAGUGUUGUCACAAAGUCACUGGUUCGACUACUAAGAAGCCACAGGGAGGUGCAGUACAUAGUGCUUCAGAAUAUCGCCACAAUGUCCAUUCAGAGGAAGGGAAUGUUUGAACCUUAUAUGAAGAGUUUCUAUGUGAGAUCCACAGAUGCCACACAUAUCAAAACACUGAAGCUUGAGAUCUUGACCAACCUGGCCAAUGAAGCCAACAUCUCAACCAUCCUGAGGGAAUUUCAGACCUAUGUAAAGAGUCAGGACAAGGCUUUUGCGGCAGCCACCAUUCAGGCCAUCGGCAGGUGUGCCACCAACAUCUCUGAGGUGACAGACACCUGUCUCAAUGGCCUGGUGCUGCUGCUCUCCAACAGAGAUGAGACUGUGGUGGCUGAAAGUGUUGUAGUAAUCAAGAAGUUGCUCCAGAUGCAGCCCACCCAGCACUGUGAGAUCAUCAAACACAUGGCCAAACUCUUCGACAACAUCACAGUUUCCAUGGCCCGAGCCAGCAUCCUGUGGCUGAUAGGGGAGUACUGUGAGAGGGUGCCAAAGAUCGCGCCUGAUGUGCUCCGUAAGAUGGCCAAGAGUUUCACAGCAGAGGAGGACAUUGUCAAGCUGCAGACGGUCAACCUGGCAGCCAAACUCUACCUGACCAACUCCAAGCAGACCAAGCUGUUGACUCAGUACAUCCUGAAUCUCGGCAAAUACGACCAGAACUACGAUAUCAGAGACCGAACACGCUUUAUAAGACAGCUGAUUGUGCCCAAUGAGAAGAGCGGCGCCCUCAGCAAGUAUGCCCGACGUAUCCUACUGGCCCCCAAACCAGCCCCAGUCCUUGAGUCUGCUUUCAAAGAUCGAGAUCGUUUUCAGCUAGGCACCCUCUCCCACAGUCUCAAUAUUAAAGCCACUGGAUACCUGGAGCUUUCAGACUGGCCAGCUGUUGCCCCCGACCAAUCUGUGAGGAACGUGGAGGUCAUUGAGCCGGUGAAGGAGUGGGCACCAUCAGUCGGAAAGGCCAAGCCACCCAAGCAGGAUGACAAGUUCUACUCUGACUCUGGCGAGGAUGACCAUGAGGAAGAGGAGGGAGAGGAAGGAUCUGAAAGCAGCAGUAGUGAAGACAGCAGCAGCAGCAGCAGCGACAGCAGCAGCAGUGAAGAGUCAGGCAGUGAGGAUGAGAGUGAUGAGAAGAGCAGUGAAGAGUCAGACAAGAGCUCCAGUGAAUCAGAAUCAGAACAAAAAAAGAAGAAAAAGACCAAGAAGGCGCCACAGAAGAAGGCCAAGCCAACUACUGUUGACAGUGACUCUGAUGAAAAUGGUAAUGGUCCUGUCGCCCGAACCAGCAGCUCAUCAGCAGAGAGCUCUUCUGAGUCAGAGUCAGAGUCUGAAGACGAUUCUGAUUCAGAUUCACAGCAGAGGAACAGAGGCAGCAAGUCCAAACCCAAGGUGGAAGUGAAGGCCAAGAAGGAAGUAUCUCUGCUGGAUCUAGAUGACUUUUCUCCCGCACCCUUGAAGGCACCAAAGUCUUCCAUCCUCUCUCCCAGCUUGCUGUCUGACCUGGAAGGCCUUUCUCUCUCCACCGUCUCUUCCACCAUGCAGGUGAACAUCCCAACAUUCGGUCCUGUGAAGAGCCAUGAGCUGCUUCACCACAUGACGGGGAAGGGUCUGUCGGCUCGGUACCAUUUCCCCCGGCAGCCCUGUUUGUACCAGCCCAAUAUGGUGGCUGUUCAGGUCACACUGACCAACGGCUCUGACCACAGCCUGGAGGAGAUCCACAUAGGAGACAGGAGCCCUGCCAGCCUUAACCUCCACUGCUUCAACACCAUCGAGCGGCUGGAGCCAGAGGCCUCGGUGACUGUUUCCAUGGGUAUUGACUUCAGCGACUCGACACAAGCAGCCAACUUCCAGUUGUGCACAAAGGAUGAUCAGUUCAGUGUGUCCAUCCAGCCUGCCGUAGGAGAGCUGUUAAUGCCCUCUUCCAUGACAGAGCAGGACUUCUGCAAAGAGCAAGGUAAAUUGCUUGGCAUGAAUGAAACCUCAGCAACCAUCACCUUGGCAGCAGAAAACAGCUCCAGCCAGUCCCUCAGUAAGCAGGUCCUGUCUGUGGCCAACGUUGGAGUGGUUUCCUCCAGUGAAAACAACAUCCACAGGUUUGCGGGGCGGACGGUCAGCAGCGGAGCCCUUGUGUUGGUGACCGCAGAGUCGAGGGAGUCCUCCACCGCCCUGCUUACCAUCAACACAGACAAGAGCAUCAUGGCCUCCAUGUUGCUGCGAGACCUCAAACAAGCCCUGGCCCAGGCGUAGAGUGCCCACUAACCCCCUUGCAAGCCAUCUAGCACACAACACUGCACUACAACAUACAGAAAGGGGGAACACCACUCAGUUAAAGAAUUUGCAGAUUUUAUUCCUGUGAUCUAAGGAUAAUCCGGACAGUAUUUGUAAUAAUUUUAGACCUCCACCUAAAAGCUACAACCUGUUGAAUGGGGGUUUAAACUUGUGUCGUCAUCAUUGGUAAAGGCUAUGGCUGCUACACAAAACCAGUUGGAGAUUUUGGAUAUACUAAGAACUGAGGACAUUUAUUUAUUCAUUCACUGUGGAACAGCUUUGCACUUUAUACCAUACUUUAUAACAUCACACCUUUGACGCUUAUUUUUAUGGUCUGUGGCUUCAAAAAGGAUAGGAUUGUCCUGUGUCAUAGGAAUAACAUCAAAUUCUUGAAUGGCGUGGUGUUUCCCCUUUAAACACACACACACACACACACAAAUGUCAUACAUUUUACAAAAUGUGAACGUGCCUUCAGUGUGUUUAACGAUCGCGUUCUCUUCAUGCCACCCCCCGGGCUCAACACCUACAGUUAAACAUGUCACAAUAAUGUUCAGAAAUCUGGCCAGUCGUGAGUAGUCGACAUGUUAAAGGAUCAUACCAGUGAUUUUGCAUGUUUAGUGUAAAAUCUACAAAAUGUAUAGACUUCACGUUUCUGUUCAUCUUUUCCCAAAGCAAGCAGUCGUAUUUUAGACCUCCGCUGUAAUUUUUUCUACCCUUUAUCCAGCUAUUUGUUUCCAUUCAUUCCACUAUGAUAUGAAAAUGAACUUUCAGAGACUUCAAACUUUCUUCACACCAGCAUUCUCUCACUGUAGUAAAGUCAUCCACAUUUGUUUUUCCUAAAAGCAGCAGCACUGUUGUGUUUUGACGACUUGAAAUUGGGUGUAGUGAAACAGGCCCUCCGCUGGGAAAUACUCCCCGGGGAAACAUUGUAAUGUAAAAUGGGAAAAUUGUAGUAAAUGCACCAAACAUUCAAAAUCACUGGCAUGGUCCUUUAAAACAUGUAUUUAAUACGCACUAAUGGUAGUGCACGAAUUUUGAGAGAGAGAGGCCAGUGCACCAAUAACACACACAUUUCCACAGACGGAUUCCUCUGCCACUUUGUUCAAGUUGAGGUACAACACUAAAAGAAAUGGAGCAUCGAUGUGUCAUUGUAUUCCUUUGGCACCUGUGCCCACGCCAACUGAACCUGUACCCACAUUGACUGAAGCUGUUCUUCAGUGCCAAGAAGAGGAACGUUAAAGACUUUUCUCAGCCCUUUAGAGCGGUCCACAUACUGCCAUCGGGUUAGGAGCCGUAGGGACUCGGUAAUGCCAAACGUUACUGUCACCUUCCCUCAUGUCGUUUCACAUUAUUGCUUUUACUGUUGUUUUUCCUUUAUUUUUCAUUCCAUAGGCUAUACUGUCCCAAAGUCACAUUUGUAAAGUGCCUUUUAAAGUGGAUCAAAUGUUAUUUAGAAUGCCAAACAUAUAGACUUCAGUCAACCAGAUCUUUUAUCUAUCGCUUUUGCUGAAAAAAAAUAAAAACUGAUGAUCAAAACAACAAA